AUCUAAGGCCGAAGGGAAGGGGGAGGCCUCAGAGAAUUUUAUUAGGCGUAUGGCCCGAUGAGCAUAUUAAGGGCGUUAUACGAGCUGUGGUCUUUAGGGAUUCCCAUCAUAUUAAAGAAGAGCCUGUGCUCACCUAUCAGCGAAUGCAUGAUGGUGUUGGACUGCCACCAAACUAUCCUAAUAGUUCGUGUAGCAACGGAUCAGAGCCGACUGUUUCACCGGGAGCGGCGGCCGCCGCAGCCGUCGCGGCUGUCGCGCAAGGUCUACGGCAGCAAAUGUGUAACAUGAUGGCCGCCGCUCAGCAACAAAAUUCCGCACACGACGCGAACCUUGUAAACUCACUGUCAUUAGGCGGCCAUUGCGGCCCUACCACCGUUCCCAGCAACGGCACUGCCCCAAUGAGUAUGAGCAUGAGCAACAUAGCCGCGAUGCGACUGGGAAGCCCCGCCGGAAGCGUACAAGAUCUAAGGAUAAGCCCCGCCGGUUCGGGCCUCGAAAGUCCGCUAUCGUCGCCGCUUGGGUUGACGAUGUCGAACACCAUGGAUGCUACCGCGCUUAAUUUAGGUAUAACAAAUAAUGUAGAUGUCGCUAGUAUCGGUGUGUCCGGUAUGACCUACAAACCGGCGCGGCCGUUUACAUCGCCUCGAGCCGAAAAUCUCUUCCAAGAGGACAUUGACGAACUGGUGAAACCUAUGCACACGUCUACUCCUCGAUCGAAAGACACAAUGGCUUCCAUUAAAAUGGAACCACUAACCGAGUGUCGUGGUGAAUGAACACAAGCCGUGUUACAAUGUAAUGUGAUACAUUAUUAUUAGUUCUCAUUAUAGAUGUAAAAAAAAAGCUAUUUAAUUUCCUAAUUUAUAUUUUUAAAUUUUAAUGUUAAUAAAUUUCAAAAUUUUAGUGAGUAAAUAGACAGUUUUGGAAUUUUUUAUAUUAUAUAUAUUAUAUAUAUCUAGAAGCCAAAGUUUCGGCCAGUUUUAUAAAAGACUGUUGUGUAUUAUGUAUACUAUUAUUCUAAAUUCAAAAUUUAGAAUAUCUUAAUUAUUAUAACAGAAAUAAGAAAUUCACUUGUAGUUGUUAAUAUCACCACGAUAAAGUAAGACACAUUUAAUGUAGGGAACAGGCAGACAUUCCCAUUUUCUCUUUGACAAUCCACUUCGAAAUCCGGUAGGUGUCUUCAUUUAUCACCAAAAUUGGUGUUGUGAAAUCACUUUGAGAAUUUGCAAUUUCUUUUACAUGUGCAUUAAUGAAUUGGUGCAAUAAUCCGUUUAUUAAAAUUGUUCAUAUUAACAGACGGGACGGUCAGUGAUUAUCAGUAUUUGUACGUGUAUAGUAUACGGUCUCCUUUAAGUUAUUUAAUUUAUUGUAAUUAACUAUUGUAAAUAUAGAAACUAUUGCAUGAAAUACAGAACUAAUUUUACUAAGAAUGUGUGUGAAACGAGGUUACUGCAGCUGCUGAAUUGUUUCCGCGUUAAAUCUAAACAGUUGAAAAUUGUACUUAAAUCCUAGAGUUCUGAUAUCGAAACAUAUCGAUCUGUAAAAAUGCCAAAGUAUAAAAGAGUUUCACACAAAAAUUGUUUCUGGCUCAAAUUAGUGAUUUGUUGCAACGCCAAAUGUAUAUGUUACAGUGUAAAAACAAAUAAAUAGAAGUAUAGGUGUUGUGUAUGUACAAAAUACAAUAUGUAGUGCAACUGCCUCGGCAUUUACUCGAUUCUGUUACGCAGAUGCACAUGGUUAGCUGAACACAAAGUGGCACAUACAUUUUAACAAUUACAUCACAGUUACUCUGUCGACUAGAUAAUAAGUUAAAAUCACUGAUGACAAAUUAUUUUUGUGAUUUGUUUAGAAUGUAGAAUGGAAAUAAUGUACAAAAUUUAUAUAAAACUUGUAAAUGUAGAAGUUAAAAUUUAAAGAAAGAAAGAAUAAAAAUUAUAAAUGCCUUCCUGCCAUUUUAGGGUUUGCCACGCUUGUUUAACUUUGUGCGAGUCAAGAUGGUGAUAUUUAAUUCCAAAAAGUGGCCUUUGAAUCUUAAAAUCUUGUUUUCGAAAGUGAAUAUAAUAUUUCGGGAAUCCUAAAAAGAAAGUUAGAGCCCUAUUUUUCAAAGAUGAUUUCUAGCGUAUUGUGUUUCUCGACUAGGCUGCAUGUGUUCAAAAA